GUUGGGAAAAGGAGAGGGCGGCUCUUGCCCGGAGAGUGAGGAGGAGAGCUCGGCACCCUGGGCUGGAACUUUAGCACCCUCUUCCGCAGGAGUUUAAAGGCGAGGAUCGCCGUACCCCGAGCGGGCCGUCUGGAGAGCCGGGCGGGCGCAGGAGCGGACGAGAAGCCAGCAACUUUCUCUGACGAGGAUUCUGUGGAGCUCUUCAUAAAGAAAUAACAGCGGGGAGAAAACCCCGGGAAGCCGGGAAGCGUUUCCAGCUCUCGGGACGCUGGUGAGCGGCUCCGGGCCGCCGCCGGUCCCUGCGAGGAGCCCGUCCUGCCGAGCAGAUGUUUGGGACUGGAGCAGCGCGGGGGUUAUUUGCCUUGGACUGAAGGCGAUCCCAGCCUCGGCGGAUUAAGCUCUUUGUGUGCACGCGAGUGUGCCUUGAUGGAAGCUGCUCCCGCAAAACCCGCUGCGGGGAGCAUCCCCUAGGUCAGGGAGCCCUUCUGGAGGAGGGGGAGAGGGGGAAACCUCCUGUUUUCGUGGCUCUGGGACGAUGCUGGGGCAGUAACUCCCUCGGCAGGCAGCACGGUGCUUCGGGAUGGCCGUCUAUGCCCUCACGGGUUUCUCGCUCGUCAGCCUGCUCAGCUUUGGCUAUUUAUCUUGGGACUGGAUGAAGCCCAGUUUGGUGGCCGAUGUGGCCACAGACCCCAUGGAGAAACCACUGCCUCCCACCUUCACCAGGCCACCCCACAUCAUCUUCAUUCUGACCGAUGACCAGGGCUACCACGACAUCGGCUAUCACGGCUCGGAUAUCCAGACACCGACGCUGGACAGGCUGGCAGCGGAGGGUGUGAAGCUGGAGAACUACUACAUCCAGCCCAUCUGCACCCCGUCCCGGAGCCAGCUGAUAACUGGCAGGUACCAGAUCCACACAGGACUGCAGCACUCCAUCAUCCGCCCUCGGCAGCCCAACUGCCUGCCCCUCGACCAGGUCACCCUGCCACAGAAGCUGCAGGAAGCCGGCUACUCCACACACAUGGUGGGCAAGUGGCACCUUGGCUUCUACAAGAAGGAGUGCCUGCCCACUCGCCGGGGCUUCAACACCUUCCUGGGCUCUCUGACAGGCAACGUGGAUUACUACACCUACGACAACUGCGACGGGCCGGGCGUCUGCGGCUACGACCUGCACGAAGGGGAGGACGUGGCUUGGGACCAGAGUGGGAAGUAUUCCACCUUCCUCUAUGCCCAGCGUGUCAGCAAGAUCCUGGCAUCCCACAGCCCCAAGGAGCCCAUCUUCAUCUACGUGGCCUUCCAGGCGGUGCACACGCCCCUGCAGUCCCCCAAGGAGUACAUCUACCGCUACCGCUCCAUGGGCAACGUCGCCCGCCGCAAGUACGCGGCCAUGGUGACCUGCAUGGACGAGGCGGUGAAAAACAUCACCUGGGCCCUCAAGAAGUAUGGUUAUUAUGACAACAGUGUGAUCGUGUUCUCCACAGACAACGGUGGGCAGACCUUCUCCGGGGGAAGUAACUGGCCACUACGGGGUCGCAAAGGGACCUACUGGGAAGGGGGAGUUCGCGGCAUUGGUUUUGUCCACAGUCCCUUGAUCAAGCACAAGCGUCGGACAAGCUGGGCACUGGUUCAUAUUACAGACUGGUACCCGACUCUGGUCAGCCUGGCCAGGGGCAACCUGAGCAAUGUCCAAGGCUUGGAUGGCUAUGAUGUUUGGCCUGCUAUCAGUGAGGGCAAGGAGUCUCCACGCACCGAAAUCCUGCACAACAUCGACCCCUUGUACAACCAUGCCAAGUACGGCUCCUUGGAGGACGGCUUCGGCAUCUGGAACACAGCUGUGCAAGCUUCCAUCCGGGUGGGGGAGUGGAAGCUCCUCACUGGUGACCCAGGGUACAGCGACUGGAUACCCCCACAGACCCUGACCAACUUCCCUGGGAGCUGGUGGAACCUGGAGCGUCUCACCGAUGGCCUGAGGAAGUCUGUGUGGCUCUUCAACAUCACCGCUGACCCCUACGAGCGCUACGACCUCUCAGAUCAGCGCCCGGACGUGGUCAGGACCCUCCUGAUGAGGUUGGUGCACUACAACCGGACGGCCAUCCCGGUGCGGUACCCUGCGGAGAACCCCCGGGCUCACCCAGACUUCAACGGCGGUGCCUGGGGACCUUGGGCCAGUGAGGAUGAUGGGGAGGAGUGGGAAGGCGGCCGGGAACCCCUGAAGAGCAGGAACAAGAAGAAGAAGAAGUGCAAGAUCUGCAAGCUGCGCUCCUUCUUCCGCAAGCUGAACACCAGGCUCAUGUCCAACCGCAUCUGACAGGACACUCCCCCAGCAUCCACCCGUCCUGGCCAGGGUGGAGCUCUAGACUGCAGUGCCAUGGGGUGGGAGCCAGGGAGAAGGAGGGGAAGGGAGGUGGCCAGUGCUCUCUUGCUCUCCCUUGCUCCAGGGUUCACUCCAAAACACUCCUCCCUGGCUGGAGUGGUGGCCACAGGGAGUUGCUCCCAGUGGAUGAGGAAGGGCAAUGUGGUCUCUGCUGCAGUGCUUGGUGGUGGUGAAUGGCAGUGCUGAGCUGGGCUGGCCCUGCACAGCUGCUUCCAAAGAGAGAGACCUUUUCCUCAAGGAUUUUGCAACCAAUCAUAAGCUUUAAGUGUUGGCCAUCACAAGGGCAGGAGGAAGCUUGGGGGGCUCUGCCUUCAUGUUAAUCCUCACCAUUUCCCUCUAUUUACUCUUGGCUCUCAGCCAGCUGCCAAGCAGCUGCAACCUUUGUUCUUCCUUUGGGAACUCGAGAGUCUCCCCUUGAGGGGUGGAUUCCUGACCAUGGAUGUCAGACCUGAGAUCAACAUGGCUGGACUAAGUCAUGCUGCUACAAUGACCUCAUGUGGGGCUAUGGCUUCCUCUCUCCACUGGUUUGGGGGGCCGGGAACAGCCCUGAUGAGGAUCUGUGGCCCAUGGAGGCAUGGUUGGAUGUUCUCAGAGGACAGGUGCCUCUCCUUGACCCCACAUUUGGGAGGCAGGUUUUCCCCCAGGUUCUGGUGGUGGACUCCACAUGGGUCAGCCACCCAGCAGAGACUUUCACCCAAAAUUUGUCUGGCCAGCCCCCUCAUGUUCAAGCCUCUAGGCACCCCCGUUCCUCCCUACGAAUCCUACACAUCCAACCAGCCAACCACCCCUGUCUGCCCCAUCCCAGUGCUGGAGCUGUCCCUGUCCCCACAUCCCAUUGCUGAACCUGGGGCAGAGGGAAGAUCUCAAGAAGGUCUCUGCAGAAGCUGAUCUGCUGUUUUGUAGCUGCGGGACUUUGAAGCCGCGGUGGAGAACGGGGAUGAUGGGGACGUCUCCCGCCUGCCAGCACCGCGCCGCAUCCGCAGAUGGGCACUGCUCUUCCAGCAGCGCACGCGUGGGGAGGAAACCACCUCCCCAUCAUCCGCUGCUGUGGGGAGCCAGCCCAUCCGAUCGCCAGGGGCCAGGGAAGCCAGCAAAGCUCUGGGCCCCCGCGCCUUCGGCGGGGUGCGAGCGCGCAUACGUGCGCUCGCAGGAGAGCUGGCAAGGAUGAAAGGGGGUAAAUAGCUUUAAAAUCGUUUUGGAUGCACGGUGCAUUUCCAUUUACACAAUGUGUUUUACAUUUCUCCCCACAGGUUUCUCUUGGUGCAGCGUGUGUAGGCGAAGGCCCUGCUGUGAAUUUUGAAAAUAGUUAUUUUUGUCUCUGGAAAAUGAGGCCCGUUAGGACUUGUCAGCUCUUGGAUGAGCAGUGUGGGCUUUCUUUUUUUUUUUUUUUUUUUCUUUUCCCCCCCUCUCUUUCUCCCUUGCAAAAUAACAUUCAUUUAAAAUCUGUCAUUGAAAGAUGUGACAAUUGGCAGCGCGCACACUGAAUACCUUUCAGUGCGCUUUCAAGCCCUGUGUGUGAGAGAGGGAUGAGGAUGGGAAGAAAAUGCAAUGACAUGUUUGUAUUUUUUUUUUUUUCUUACUCUUAGCUGGAUUAUUUGGGGGUAUUGGGAUUUUCUAUAGAAACAAAGGAAAAAAACCCAGCUGACAGCUAGGCAGAAGAGAGGAGGCCUCUUCUUGUAGAGCUGGGAAGGAGUUUGAAAAGCUGGAGUGUGGCGGUGUGUGCGCCAGUCCCCGCUGCUCCGCGCACGCCCAUCACCGUGCCAUCCCACCCCGCUGGCUCCCUGCAUCCCUGCAGCCACAUCCCAAGGACAGGUUUUGGAGGGGACUCAGCUCAUCCAUCAGCCCCAUCUCCAUCCCUGCUUCCAUAGCAUGCUACUCCAAGAGAGCUGGUCCCCAUGGCAGCACCUGGGCGCAGGUGAACCCCAAGAGGAUCCUCCACAUCCUCAAACUACCUCAAAUCAGCCAGCCUGGUCCCUGGGGAUGUGCACCACCAGCAGUGCUGUGGCACCCGCUGCCAUUUGGCAAAGCCAACCAGUUGCUGAAAAUAAAGCAACACUUUGCUGAAGAAGAGGAGGCUGCUGCAGGCAGAGCCAAAGCCAGGGGAGAGCAGGGGGUGAUGCUGCAGGGGCUGGGGAAUAAAUACUGGCUAAGAGAGAAUUGGUGCUGAAGGGAAUGGGAGAGCAGGGCUGGACAUGGGGUGAUGACAAGGCUCGGGAAAUGGCUUUCAUUUCCAUAUUUAUAUAAAUGGAUCCAAGUUUAGCCCUUCUUUUAUUUUUUUUUUCCUUCAAAAAUGGAAAUUUCCAUGAAAACAUGCUCGAUUUUUCUUCCUUCUCUUUUACUAACAUCCCCAUGAAAAUGUUCGCCUGGUCUCACUUCCUCUUUCCAGGUUUGGAUCUGCUGGGCUGAUGCUGGGUUUGCAGUCAGCCUGGCCACAGUGGUGGAUCUGCUGUCAUCUGUAUUUUAAUUAAAAAGAGUUGGAUUUUGAAUCUUUGCAAGAAUAAACAACUGAA